GGAAAUCUGAAUCCUUCUGUUGGAUCCCGUUGGGAGGGGGAACGUAUUUCUUGGCCUCCCAGAGAGUCCGGGAGUUCAGACAUCCUGACAAAUUAGCUCGAACCAAUGGGAUGCUGUGGCAGUAAUCCUAUAGACGAUGAGGAACACCUAGACUACAGCUCAGGAAAUGUGACGAUUAUACCUGACCUAAAGAGUUGGGAAAAGAAAUUGGAAGAUGCAAGUGAAGCCGGUAAAACACUUGUUGUAAAAUUCAGCGCAGUAUGGUGCGGCCCGUGUAGGAUUGCUGCUCCUGUAUACGCGGAUCUUUCCUUGAAGCAUUCAGAUCUUGUUUUCGUGUCUGUGGAUGUAGACGAACUUCCGGAACUGGUCACUCAGUUCGACAUACGGGCCACACCAACAUUCAUCUUCCUGAGAGAUAAGAAGGAGAUCGAUAAGCUGGUGGGGGGCAACCAGACAGAUCUGGAGCAGAAGUUCGACCCUUAUUGCCGGCCAGGCGAAGAAGUCAUGUGUAAACAGUCUUCCGAGGAUAGAAUCACCUGAUCAAUAGAGCUUCAGAAAAUACUCCAUUGGCUGGAAGCAUCCAGCAAGUGCCUGUUCAGCGAUUAAAUGGAUAUACACCUUUCCAUGGUGUAUUCUAGAAAGAGUCUGUUCAGCGACAUAUGUAGGUUCGAGAAACUGACCAGCAGAAGUAGGAUUUCUUGGUAGUGUUGAGAUGUUCAGUCCACAUUCAGCAGUAAAGUAAGUUAGUUCAGCAUCUGUAACUUUGCAUCGCACUGAUCAUAUGCACGAAAAAUACGAGACAAUGUACUGAUUGACAGCAGAUGCCUUGUGUACAUUCCCUCUCAUGAAUCA